AUGCCAUGUUAUUUCGCGAUCAUAGGUGCUCGAGACAACCCUAUUUACGAGGCAGAGUUCACUUCCCAACAGCUGAACUCAUUCCCCCCAGAAUUGAAAGAGUUGAACCCGUUCAUACUGCAUGCCUCAUUGGACAUUAUUGAAGACCUACAAUGGCAAGUGAACCCUCAAUCCAUAAACUCAGGAGGCGGUAGUGGUGGAUUUUUGAGAUCUAGACACUCAAAUAAUAACGGAAACUGCUACCUGGGCAAAAUCGAUCAUUUCUAUGGUUUAGCUAUAACGGGCUACUUGUCUUACGGAAACAUGAAGUUUGUCAUGAUUCACAGCAGUAAUGGGAAUGGUUCAACGCCAGCACAGGUAGAAGACGGGUCGGUUAAAAACUUCUACCAGGAGGUUCAUGAAUUGUUUGUGAAGACUCUUAUGAAUCCGUUCUACAAGUUGAAUGACCCCAUCACGAGCCCGGUCUUUGAUAGCAAGGUGAGAACUUUGGCGAGGAGGUAUCUUCUUAAGUAG